AUGAACAAGCUCAACGCAAAGUUCAAGAAGCGCGAGGUCGACAUAACCAAGAUCGCCAAGGACAUUGACGAGGCCACCGGGGACCUGCGGCGGCGCUACCUGGAGUGCGAGGACUUGAUGGAAGGCGAAGAAAGCACGGCACUGUCGGAUUUCCUGACAUUGCAAGGGAGGGGUGCUGCAAAGAGGGUGAGGGUGCGCGGAGUCGAGACCGAAGUCUUCACUACAGCAGAGAGGAAGCGCAAGGGGAAGGAGCUGGCGGAGGACCAGGAACGGGAGAGGGUAGUGCGCAGGUUGGAAUGGGAUCGUGAGGAGUCAGAUGAGGACUACGACAAGGAGGCGUAUCAUGAGGACCAGGCUCAGGAGGACGACCCUUUCCGCGAGGAGUAUGAGGGAGAGAAUGUAGAGGAGAUAGCCAUGGAUCAGCCUGAGAUUCAGAGUAUGUAG